AUGCUCGAUCCCUUCACUGGAGGACUUGCGUUCGUCCUAGCUAAUGACUGUGUAGCGUCAACCGAAGGAGACCAAUGGCCGACAUCCGCUCCAGAAGAAUUGGUCAAUGAUCCAUGGCUGAACUUUGAGCGCAGGCCUGUAUGGAUCUCACCUUACCGUCAUGUGGGUGAAGAUGCGACGCGACAGCUUAGUGCGCAGCGGGACGAUGGGCGUCAACCUCCUCCCGCGGGUUUCGAGUAUGCAGAACAUAGGUUUCUAGGAGACCAGAUGAACUUGAAAUAUCAACACCCCAAAAGUUCCACAGACCAAACACCAGACGGCAAGGUAGUAGAUGUUGUGGCCAGUGACCUGCCACUUCUCAAGCUUUCCAAGGGGUCUGACGUUCUGGAAUUGACAUACGGGGAAAUUUCUGCCUUGGCAGGAGACUUCUAUGGCACUCUAAAUCCCAUUAGUGAUGCCAAAAGCGACGAGGAUGCCAGAACGCGUUUUCUGGCGGCCUACAACACAUUGGCGGACAAUCCCGCAGAUCAGCCUCACGACGGGCAGGUACUGAUUAAGCAUCUUCAAGACGAGGUCGAUCAAGUCGAAGCGUUGCACAAGGAAAAGAAGGACCCAUCCACUUGGUACAAAGACGGGACCGGCCUUGCGGGUAUGAACGCCAUCGAUAAGCUUAUUCAAGGCCGACACUUUCCCAUCUACAGCGAGCUUCUCAAGAUCAACUGGGAUCACUUUGGGGACAAUGCCCGCGCAGCAUAUCGCGCGGGCCACUCAGCCGCUCUUCAAUUGGCCACGACGGGCGAAAAGACCGUCGACCGCCUGGUCAAGGCGUAUUCGAUCAACGCCUUUGCCGACCACUACCUGCAGGACCUGUUUUCUGCCGGCCAUCUUCGGACGCCUCGCCGACUACUGCACGGCGGUUUGAAGAAUGUUGUGGAUGUCUGCGCGAAUAAAAUGCAUGACGAGGACUGCGCUCUCGGACUCAGCGUCUCAGCCCCCAAGGGAAACCCAUGGCAGGCAUACGGAGAUAAGCGACUGCUGGAUAAGUGCAAUGAGGAAAACUUAUUAAAGUGCCAAGCAGCCAUAGUCGAGUCCUCGCGGGAAAUUUACGACGCGUGGGACACGAGGCACGCGCCUGAGCCCGCAGCCUACAAGGCAUUUGACAUUGUCCCGACAAAGGCGUCGGCCCUGAGUGAGCAACAGACGCUGGCUCCGUUGUUCAAACUGGGCCCGUCGGGUGAGUAUAAAGACCUUCAGCGACGUCUGGAGCUCAAAGAUAGAAAAGUCUGGAAGUUCAAGACGAAUUGGUGGCCGGUGACGACUGUGGCAGAAACAUAUACGUCCGGACUGUGGAAAUAUCCAAUAACCAUGUAA